GAUUUCGAGAUUCUCACGAUGCAAGGCAGAAAGGAGGCAACCAUUGGUAUCCUUGCUCUUCAGGGAGCCUUUGCAGAACAUCAGAUCGCUUUGCAAAACAAGGUCGAUAUCGUUCUCGUGCGUACGGUCGAAGAUCUAGAAAAAUGUGAUGCAUUGAUCAUACCUGGAGGAGAGUCGACGACCAUCGCGCUACUUGCAAGAUUGGCAGGGCUGCUUGAGCCUCUGCGGACAUUCUUGAAGAAAAAGCCAGUCUGGGGAACUUGUGCAGGUGCAAUAUUGCUCUCGCAAGCAGUUGAAAAUGCGAAGAAAGGUGGCCAAGAGCUUCUGGGAGGUUUCUCCGUGACAACCGCUCGUAAUGGGUGGGGAUCGCAGAUAGAGUCCUUUGAAGCACCUUUAUUGGUCGAUGGCCUACGUGAUCCAAACCGCUCGUUUAUGGGUGUCUUCAUACGUGCUCCUGUCGUAUUAUCGCUUAACCCAUCUCCACACGAUUCUCCAAUCGAGAUCGUUGCUCGUCUGCCAGCUGGCCUCCUCCCUCAGUCACAGCGAGUAGUUAUGCCCGAUGAAGACGAUACAGACCCACGGGAUCCCAAAACCAUAGUCGCAAUGCGACAAGGAAAUCAUUUUCUCACCACUUUCCAUCCCGAGCUAACGAAGGACGAUCGCUUCCACGAAUACUUUGUGCAGAAAUGCGUUCUACCUUCGCUGAAGUGACAAUUUCAGGUUUUUAUCAUGAUCAUAGGUGAACUUUUAUAGCUAUAGAACUUGAAAGCGGUGGGAUUAGAAGGCAUUAGAUUGGCACUAGAUGUAUAUUUAUAUGUAGAGAUCUAUACAUUGUAUCCAUCAUUAUCACUAUCUAUACGUUUGUGGUGUACC